AUGACGUCGAUCGUUGCUGGAUGGAAGGAGCCCACUGGCCUCAAAUCCUCCUCCUCCUCCCCCUCUUUCAUCCGCAAACUCUACCUGGGUCAGGACGGGCUGGGAGACGAGGGAGUGCAGGCGCUGGCAGAGUUUCUGAGCAAGGACUGCAAACUGAACGAGCUGCGGCUGCACGACAACGGGAUCGGUAGCCGUGGCGCCUCCUCCAUUUGCUCCGUCCUUCACCUCAACCAGUCGAUGCGGGUGCUGGUGCUGGGGCACAACAGGAUCGGAGAGCUCGGGGCAGCGGCCGCUGGCCUCCUCCUCCGCUUCAACAGCAGCCUGACCGACUUGGACCUGAGCGGGAACGAGCUGAGAGACGAGGGAGUGAAGCUGCUCGCGGACUGCCUCCCGCAGAACAAGACGCUUCGGAACCUCCACCUCGCACGUAACCAGUUUGGUCCUAAGGGCGCAAAGGCGUUUGCGGAUGCCUUGACGGCGGGGGGCUCGAGCCUGUUCCGGGUGAACCUGGGGAGCAACAAGCUGCGGGCAGAGGGGGCGAAGCACCUUUCCUCGAUGCUCCUUAGCAAGAACCUUGAAAUCUCUCACCUUCACCUGGCCGCUGCAGACAUCGGGGACGAGGGGGCUACGAGCCUCGCUGAUGCAAUGAAGGAGAACCGAACGCUGUGCGCCCUCUACUUGCAGAGCAACGGCAUCAUGGACGCAGGAGCGCAGCAGCUGGCUGAGGCGCUGCGGGUUAACUGCACUCUGUCGGAGCUUCACGUGGACGGCAACAGCAUCUCCUCCAAGGGGGUUAGCGCGCUUGCCCUCGCCUCCGCCUCCAUGCCGCUCGUCCUCCGUCCUCUCCCUGUCGACAAGCGAACGGCCCUGGCCAUGGGGCUCCAUGCUCGACUCGGCGCUGACUCGCCCCUGUCCUCGCUGGACCGCAAGCUCGUCCGAGCGAUCGCGGACGCGGCGGCUGUGGAGCUGUCGAGAAAGCUGAGGCUGUCGGCAACCACGAGCAAGUGA